AUGAAUCGUGAACACCACGGCAGCCAAAUCGAACACCGAGACCCGCAAAGGCGUUUUGUCGAUGAUGAUAUGGAGAUCCCACGUUUCCAUCAGUUUUCGGCAGCUGGGGACCACAAGGAUAUGUUUGUCAUGGAGGAGCGUGGAAAUCGACAUGCGGUUGAAGAUCGUCAUGAUCAGCGUGGUCAGGAUAUAAAUGACCGUGACCGUCAUCGCUAUGAU